CUUUGGUUACCGUUGGGCUGUCGUCUCCGCAGAAAGAGAGAACAAAAUUAGGGUUUACCGAUCAAAGGCCGGACUUAGGGCGGACUGGUCUCUGAAAAAAUUGAUUUGGGCUAAUGGCUUACCGAACACCUGUUGCCAUUCAAAAUGAGAAUUUUCAUAUCCAUAUAGGCAAAGAUGUCGAUAAGGUGAAAGGUGUCCUGCCAAAGCCAGCAAAAUCUGGUCGUCCAGAUCGAAAGGCCUUGAAGGAUCUUUCAAAUACUGGCAAACCUCCAGCUUCUCGUCCGGUUAAGGUGUUGGCCCUGAAAGAAAAGUCUGCACCACGUGGUCGGGAGACCAUCAAGAACGCCCCAAAGAGCACUUCCCUCACUGAUGAGGAAAUAAAGAGAUGCCAUCAGUGGGCAAAGGAGGGAAUUGAACAGACACACUUUACUGGAAACGAUAUACAAAAGCUGGAGAAGGAUAUUAACGAAGAACGUAUAAACAAGAAGGUUCUGAAGGUCGUGUCUGACUUGCAUGAAUGGUUAAGCGCUUCAUAUGAUCUUGGAUUGCCAGAGAAGGAGCUUUCCAAGGACAUCACAGAUGUAAAGACUAUGGAGUUAGAAACCGAGCUGCUUCCUUGCAUUACCAAAUCUCCAUCUCCAGGUUAUGAAGAAGUUGGCAAUCUCCUUGAGUCGGAAGUGGAUCAUCUCCAGUUUCUAGAACGGCCAAUUGAGCUUGAACUGAAAGAGGAGGACUAAAGUUCUGAUGAAUCAUUGACGUCGCUUGUUGUAUAUACAAUCAAUUAGAUGAUGCAUUGUUUGUGCCCCCAUGCAUCAUCGAUCAUGAGGGUUGUGUUCCACCGAGAGUGCUUGAACUAUUUCAGCCUCGUAAUUGAUCAUUUUCUCCUUUGCUCUUCCAAUCGAAGGAUUGUGUUUUCACAAAAGAAAUCUAAGCCAAGUCAUUUGGAAGUAUGUGCAGUUUC